CUGGAAAAUGAAAACCACCAGCACUUCUGAGCUCAGCCAAUCAGAGCGGGAGGGCGGGGCCUGGAGUUCAGGAACAGCCCCGCCCCCAGCCUCUCCGUGCAGUUCUCCUCCAGGUCCGCCCAUGCUCCAUAUAAAGGAGGGCUCUGGGCUGAGCAGUCACUGCUUUCUGCUCACACCUAGAAGAUGUCUGGUCGCGGUAAAGGAGGGAAAGGGCUCGGGAAAGGCGGCGCCAAGCGGCACAGGAAGGUGCUCCGCGAUAACAUCCAGGGCAUCACCAAGCCUGCCAUCCGCCGUCUAGCUCGCAGGGGAGGCGUCAAGCGCAUCUCCGGCCUCAUCUAUGAGGAGACCCGCGGGGUGCUGAAAGUCUUCCUGGAGAACGUCAUCCGGGACGCCGUCACCUACACCGAGCACGCCAAGAGGAAGACCGUCACCGCCAUGGACGUGGUCUACGCGCUCAAGUGCCAGGGCCGCACUCUCUACGGCUUCGGGGGUUAAUGCUGCCUCCGUCCUCGCAACACAAAGGCUCUUCUCAGAGCCGCCCACAUCUUCCCGGGGAGAAGCUACAACUCCUUCUGCGCUCAGCCACUGAGGGGUUAACACCGCCCGCACAUCAGGGGAC